AUGUGGGAGACGCCUACACCAUCGCGAGCUGAGUUGGAGUCCCGCGUGAUUCGUUCGAGCAUCGCCACUAUCGACACCUAUACGCGCGACCUGCCACUGUAUUGCACUAUGACGAAAGAGAAGUCGGCGGCGUGUGACGAGUUCAACUUCGGCAGCUACGACGGCGGCGGGAUCAUUUACCAGCGUGACCAGUACUGGAACAAGUCGGCAACCCUCCCAAGCGACGCCAGUGUGCUGCUGCUAGGCGGCAAGCUGGACGUGUUGACGCCACCCAAGUAUGCCGGGUAUCUGCUCGAAGCUCUCGGCACCAGCAAGAAAGAGCUGAUCGUCUUCGACUAUGCGGGUCACGAUGUUGUAUUCUCGAGUGGUAUGGGCAACGGCAGCGAUCCCGUUCUGACCUGCGGGUUUCAGCUGGUGAUGUCGUACAUCAAAAACGACGGCGACCUGCAGCGCCUCAAUCGAACGUGCGUGAGUGAGAUGUCUCCGUUCGACUUUUCGGUGCCGACGUACGAGCUGCACAACCUUUUGCACACGGAUGAAGCGUACGACGGGGAGUACAAACCCGAGUUAGGCUCCACCUAG